AUGUCCUUUAACACUACUACACUACCGUCAAAUUCGAACUCUUCUCGAACACAACCAAUACGUCGUAAUCCUCCAAACCCUCCCUUCAAGAAAUUUUCAACUCGAACAACCAAUAACUUUAACAUUAAUGGCAUUAUAAGCCCUGUCUCUAGUCCAGUAAUAAAAUUAGUUAACUCUCCUGGUAGUGUAGUCAUGGAUUCAGACCUACAAAAAAAGGUUGACGAUGACGCGAAAAGUUUGAUAAACGAUGAUAAUUUAAUAAAUUCAAAACCUUUUCCAUUGACAAACGCAUGGACUUUUUAUCUUGACAAAUUUGUUCCUAAUGCCUCUCCAGAAGAAUAUCAAGAAAAUUUAAAAAGUCUUGGAACGGUGAAAACUGUACAGAAUUUCUGGAGUCUUUAUCAUUAUAUUCCAGGGCCUGAAACCUUACAGCUAAAGAACAGUCUUCAUUUUAUGAAAGGAG